AUGGGAAAAGUCGACACAUCCAGUCUGGAAAAUAUGGCUGCCUCGAUAUCCCGCAAGUCGUCUUUAAGUCAGAUUGCAACACAUUCUGGCGCCAACGACACGUGUCGAGUAUGUGGAGACGGUAACGCAAAAACCCAUUACGGUGUAGUGACAUGCUUCGGAUGCAAAGGUUUCUUCAGGAGAACACUCAAACGACCAUCAGAAUACACGUGUAGACAUAAUGGGAAUUGUGUUGUCGAUAGGCAUGAGAGGAAUUCGUGCAGAUACUGCCGUUUCAAAAAAUGCAUCGACGUCGGCAUGGACCCAAAAGCCGUCCGCCCUGAUCGAGACGCAACCGGACGACAUUAUCAAGGACGGCAACGAAGAUCAAAGUUAUCAGCAGAAGAUGAAGGGGAAGUCGAUGCGGAAUGGAUGAGAAAACUACCAGUUGACAUGAGAACAACUCUUAUGCAGUUAUUGAAUAUCGACCUGAUAGUUGGCGGAGGUGACGGGCAUACGGAACCAUCGAAGAUCUAUCCACUUCCAUUUGCCACGUCGAUAAAACAGUUACUGGAGGACCCGACGUUAUUAGAUGGGAAGAGGACUGAGAUGAGAUAUGAGGCGUUUCGAGAAAUCAAUCCAGAAGAACUUCCAUGUAUUGCACAUCGAAGACUGAUUGCGAUGAUUGAUUGGGCGGAUCAUUUAUUCGAUAUGAUGGAUGUUAAUAACAUGGAUGAUAAGGUCGCCAUCGUGAAAGCCAGCUACGGCCCUCUGAUGAUUUUCAGUCUGUGUGCCAACACUGCUCGUCACAAGCAAGCGGAUAUCGUAUGCCUCAGCACUUUUGGAUAUAUCUCGAGAUACGCUCCAAACUCGUGGGCGGAGCCAUAUCACUUUGGAAAUCAACUCGCGGAGAGAUGUAUCGACGAGCUGAUUGAUCCAUUGAGGAAGAUGAAUUUGAAGGAGGAGGAGAUUACGCUGUUGAAGGCGAUUAUCGUGCUGAAUCCUUACCUGAAAACCAUCACUCAAGAUGGUUCUGAAGCCAUCAUGGAUCUUCGUGACAGAAUCCAAGAGACUCUCUACCACGUCGUUCGUGAGACUCAUCCGAAGGAAGUCGCUUCUAGCAGAUUUGGAAAUCUUCUUCUCUUCGUCCCAUCCGUCAUGAUGUUGGGCCGUCUUGUCAUGGAGAAUCUCUCGUUUGUUGACAGUUUCGGACAAAUGAACGAUCGUCUGGUACACGAUUUACUUCAAGAAGCACCAAAAGUCGAUCAAAGUCGCUCUCCAAACAACUCCUCCCCACCACAAUCCAAUCUCCAAAUGGACACAUCUCCAUCACCACCAAUCAACGGACAUAUGACAAAUGGAUGUAGUUCAUCAUCACAAGACGAGCAACUCGGUGGUUCGAAUGGGUUGGCAAGAAGACACAGUGAGCCAAGGAUGGUACAUUCGUCGAGUUCCAGCUCAAUUGAGAGCCUCAAUUCCUAUCAAAGUUCGUUGGAUGGCGCCGCUUCGUACCAGAAUCAGAUAGGCACGUUACCCUAUAACCUCUCGUGCAACUCCCUUCCCGCUCAAGUCAACGAUUUCGGUGUCUCUUUGAAUGGAGCCUCGUCAAUGCCAAAUCUAGAAAUGAAUGAAUGUGAUCCGGACUACAAUGUGACAAUUACACCUGAUAUGUAUGGAGACAUGCGACAAGCGAUGAACGUGGCUCAUGGCGGCGGAAUGGAGAUCGAUGAGGUGUCGAAUGGACAAGUGAAUAAUGGAAUGGGGACACCGAAUCUGGAGAGAAGGGAUUCAAUGCAACUCCCGCAGUCACCUACGAAUCAACAACCCAUGUUCUAUAUUUCGACUGUGGAGAGUACGAAGCAUAAGUUUACAGUGACAACGACGUCGUAUGAUAGAUUCCAAAACGGCGCGAAUGGCCACGCGUACGGAGAAAACGGUUAUCAACAAAACGGAAUGCCUCCCCAAUCCGGAUCAUUCGGUCAGAUGCCGUCACAAUCGAAUCAAUCGAUAAAUCAACACGAGACACUGUGCAAGACGAAUAGUCUCCCACAACAAUAUAUGCAAUCUCAGCAACAACAACAACAGAAUUAUCAGGAUCAAGUGAUGUACGUCUCACAGAAUCAGAUGGAAUGUGACGACGCCAAUUACAUUAAUUUCAAUCCGCCCAGCUAG